GUUUUGGAAUUCAGAGUGUAGUGAGAAUUUGAAUGUCUGAAUUGUUUUAUACUUUGGAAUUCUUCAUAGUAUAGAUAUUUGAGAGUUUCAGAGUUUGACUGGAAAGUCAUCAUUAUACUGGAUAAUGGUAAUUUGACAGCCCUCUUUUUUAAUCAGCAUUUUUUUUUGUUUCACUUUUUACUUUAGACGUUACAAACAAUAAUGCAUUAUCAGAAAAUCGUCGAAAUACCACAAAUCAGAAUCAAGAUAAUGAAGGAGACGAAACGGAAUUCGCUCGCAGUGGAUUUGAAUUAGACGGUGGAAACGGUAGAUAG